AUAGCCUCAUCAGACAUAUGGGGAAAAAAUUAUCAAAUUUGUACACAUGAUAUCCAAAGGUCCAUCAAAAAGAAGAAUAUAUACUAUAUAUACUUCAACUGGUUCAAACAAAGAAAAAACCCAAGGGAAAACAUAUUGAAGAUGCAAAAUACAAACAAGAAUGUGGGCAAUAUAGCAGAAAGAUGGAAACUUCUUAGUGGUAAAAACAAUUGGGAAGGGUUAUUAGAUCCACUUGACAAUGAUCUUCGUCGGUACCUCAUUCACUAUGGAGAAAUGGUACAAGCAACUAGAGAUGCCUUCAACAACGACAUGACAUCAAAGUAUGCUGGAAGUUGCCGAUAUUCUAAGAAGAAUUUCUUUUCUCAAACGGGGAUUGAGAUAUCGAAUCCGUUCAAGUAUGAGGUAACCAAAUAUAUUUACGCGACAUCAUCUAUACAAGUUCCAGAAGCAUUCAUCAUAAAAUCAUUAGCACGGGAAGCUUGGAGUAAGGAGUCAAAUUGGAUUGGGUUUGUUGCCGUGGCCACAGAUGAGGGUAAAGUAACAUUAGGAAGACGGGAUAUAGUGAUUGCUUGGAGAUCAACUGUUGUCUCUAUGGAAUGGUUUAAUGAUUUUCAAUUUAUUCGCGUCUCAGCCCCAAUAAUCUUUGGUGAAAAAUCUGAUCCUAAAGUUCAUCAAGGAUGGUAUUCCAUGUAUACUUCAGAUGAUUCACGAUCACCAUACAAUAAGGCCAGUGCUAGAGAGCAAGUACUUGGAGAAGUUCAAAGAUUGUUGGGACAAUACAAGAACGAGGAAGUUACCAUAACAGUAACAGGGCAUAGCAUGGGGGCAUCAGUCGCGACAUUAAAUGCAGUAGAUAUGGUUUUCAAUGGAAUUAACAAGGGAUUUCUAGUCACCGCAUUUCUAUUUGCAAGUCCUAGAGUGGGAGAUAAAAAUUUCAAGAAAACCUUCUCAGAACUCCAAAAUCAUCUUCGAGCUCUGAGAGUCCGAAAUACGCCAGAUAUAAUUCCACAUUAUCCAUUAAUUGGCUACUCAGAUGUUGGUGUCGAAUUAAACAUCGACACUAGAGAAUCGGGCUAUCUAAAAAGUCCUGGAGACUAUUGGACUUGGCAUAACCUGGAAUGUUACUUGCAUGGAGUUGCUGGAACACAAGGAUCAAAAGGAGGGUUCAAGCUAGAAGUGGAACGAGAUGUCUCACUUGUUAACAAGUAUAUGGACACGUUAAAUGACGAAUACGGUGUACCGGUUUCAUGGUGGGUUGUGAAGAAUAAAGGGAUGGUUCAACAACAAAAUGGAUCGUGGAUUCAACAACAAAAUGAAGAUGAUGAUCUUUAAUUCAUUUACAAGGAAAUAGAUCCUCAAGUUUAGUCAUCCAAUUUAACUCUCAAUUAUGAUGAAAUUCUAAUAUGUCUUGUUGAAGUACCGUAGAUCAUAUCGUUCUAAUAAAGACAAUUGUCAUCUCAUCGUUUCCUAAGGUUAGAUAACUUGUCUAACUUUUUUAUGGAAUUACAAAAAUAAAUCGUAAUAGUCAUCCAAUAAUUUGUUUCUUCCUUAUUUUCUGACGAUGAUUUUGACAUUCUUUUUCAAGAAAAUAUGGAGAGGGAGGACAUGAUGUGGCUGACGAUCAUGGCAUAGAGCAUUCUU